AAUCGGGUGAAAAGAGUGGGAGAGGGGGAGCAGGGUUAGGAGGUGUUGUCCUGGGGUGAGGAACAGGUUAUGAUGAGGGUAAUGUACCGUUCAUAAGGAUUUACUGUAGCAGACACCGUUCUAAAGCCCUUUAUAUAUUGUAACUCCUAUGAGGCCAGAUGUCUCCUUAGCCUCAUGUUACAGCUGGGGAAACUGAGGCUUAGAGAGUCUAAGGAACAUCCCCGAAGAAAGACAAAGGAAAAGUGCAGAGCCAGGAUUUGAAUUCUGGUUGGCUGCUGCAGAACAUACCUACAAAUCCUGAACAGUGAUGUGCCCCAUCAAGAAGUGAGGAAAGCAGGAACAUAGGAAAAGAAGUGAGAGUCUGGUAUGACUUGAAGCAAUGUUAUAAUACAGCUGAAGCAAGAGUUGACCAGAUAAAGGGUGUGAGAUCCAGAUGCACGGCCAUGGAGGUUAUGACUCUGAUUUUAGUGAUGAUGAACACUGUGGAGAAUCUAGCAAAAGGAAAAAAAAGGCAGUUGAAGAUGACUUACUGCUCAAAAAGCCAUUUCAGAAGGAAAAACAUGAAAAAGUGGCCCAUAAGCAAGUUGCAGCAGAAUUGCUGGAUAGGGAAGAAGCAAAAAAUAGAAGAUUUCAUCUCAUAGCUAUGGAUGCUUAUCAAAGGCAUACAAAAUUUGUAAAUGACUAUAUUUUAUACUAUGGUGGAAAAAAAGAAGAUUUCAGAAGAUUAGGGGAAAAUGAUAAAACUGAUAUGGAUGUUAUAAGAGAAAAUCAUAGAUUCCUAUGGAAUGAGGAGGAUGAAAUGGACAUGAAUUGGGAGAAGAGACUUGCAAAGAAAUACUAUGAUAAAUUAUUCAAGGAAUACUGCAUAGCAGAUCUCAGUAGAUACAAAGAAAAUAAGUUUGGAUUUCGGUGGCGGAUAGAAAAAGAAGUAAUAUCUGGAAAAGGCCAGUUUUUCUGUGGAAAUAAAUGUUGUGAUAAAAAAGAUGGCUUAAAGAGUUGGGAAGUUAAUUUUGGUUAUAUUGAGCAUGGUGAAAAGAGAAAUGCACUUGUCAAGUUAAGAUUAUGCCAAGAUUGUUCCUUUAAAUUAAAUUUUCAUCACAGGAGAAAAGAAGUCAAGUCAAAAAAAAGAAAGGGUAAAGUCAAAACAGAUGAUGAAGCAUCAUCACCUAAAAAAUCCAGAUUAUCUUCUACAGAAGAGACAUUGAAGAAAAAGGAUAAAGGACAUUCAUCCUCAAAGAAACUAGAAAAUUCUAUAAAUAGAAACUCUGAUGAGGAAGAAAGUACUUCAGAAUCUGAACUUUGGAAGGGCCCACUACCAGAGACAGAUGAAAAAUCACAGGAAGAAGAAUUUGAUGAAUAUUUUCAAGAUUUAUUCCUAUGAGAUGCAAGAAAGAAGCCUAUAUUCCUUAAUGUGAAAGUAUACUUUGAAAUUCUUCAUACAAGUUUUAUUUAUAAGCGGCAGCUUGAGUGGUUUGUCUUUAGAAAUAAAAUCUAGCAACUCUCAGGAUGUCAGAUA